AUGGGCUGUCGGCACAACAAAGUUCAUCGAGCGAAUGAUGUGACCCAUGUUCAGGAUUUGACCGUAGGUUUGCGUCAAAUUCAUGUACCGCUACCGAUAGGAGCACGAGUUGAUCUAGAGACAUUCACACGCAUUUGGUUACAAGUUGGUGAUGACGACGAUGAGUGGCAUCAGGUUCGCGCGCGACUAACUAAACUUGAUGAUGAAAUGCUCAUAUUUAACCAUCUAGAAGAAUGUGUUGACUAUCUGCAACAUGAGCAUGUUAAGAAACUCUAUUUGAUAGUGUCCGGUAAAGAUAGACCGAACGAAUAUGGACGACAAACCAUUAUUGAUGCUCUCAGAGACCAUCAGCUGACAGAUUUAUAUGUUAGUUAUAUAAGACGUGUACGAUUUGGCCAUCAAUACAUUUCUAUAUAUGGUCAAUUUGAUGACGGUAAUGAUCCUCGCCAUGACGAUGAAGGACUAUCAGAGCAAAUGGUUGUCUUUGGUUUCACACAUAGAAAGGAAACAUCCAUCAGUAAUUUGACAGAUAGUCAGGUACGUUUUAUAUGGUUUCAAUUGUUGCUGGAUAUUUUGCUUCGACUACCACGUAAUAUGGCUGAUAUGAGUGAUAUGGUUGACGUGGCUCGUGCUUAUUAUGAUACAGAUCCUGUAGAAUCAGACAAAAUUAAUGAAUUUGAGCGUACAUAUCGAUCAUCGCAAGCCAUCUGGUGGUAUACAAAUGAUUCAUUUGUUUAUCGUCUACUUAAUCGAGCCUUUCGCACGCAAGAUAUUCGGAUCAUAUUCGCAUUUCGACUGUUUAUUUGUGAUCUAUUCACACAGCUAGCACAGGUGGCACAGGUGGCACAGGUGGCAAAAGAGACAACACAAACAGCGCCCUUCACAGUUUUUCGUGGUCAGUUUAUACCCAUCGACGAGUUAGAGACAAUAAAAAACAAUGUUGGUGGUCUCAUUUCAACUACAACGUUUUUAUCAACUACGUUAGACUUAUAUGUAGCAUUCAUUUAUGCUGGCAAUGGCUCACGUUUACCGACUCAUGCUUCAGUUGUGUUUGAAAUUAUCGUAAAUAAUGCUGGCAAUGACAGUCAACUACUGGAACGGCCAUAUGCCUUGAUUGCUCAGUACAGUGACAAACAGGACGAAAGAGAAUAUCUGUUCUCAAUGGGCUUUAUGUUUCGAAUCAUUUCUGUAGAUGAGUACGGCUUGACAUGGUACGUACGUCUACACGUCGAAUGUGAGGUUGAACAACGUAUGAAAGAACUGAGUGCUCAUUUGCGACGUGAUAUGAUAGAAUCUACCACUGAUAUACUGACGCUCGGUGACUUUUUGAUUAAAAUGGGAGAACUUGAACAAGCGGAACAGUUUUUCGGACUCAUGCUUAAUCUGCAAGUGCCUGACGACAUUAAUAACGCUUACCUCUAUAACAGUAUUGGGUUGCUGCAUAUCGAUAGAGGUAAUUUUAAUAUGGGUAGGACAUUGUUUGAACGCGCUCUAGCUAUGCUAGAUGGAAAUGAACCUCAUGAUCCGUUUAUGGUCACUAUUCUUAACAACCUUGGCUUGGCCUGUCUUAAUCAAGGACAAUAUACCGGAGCACUCAAAUAUUUCAAACGUGCAAUUAAAAAUUCGCUAUCCGAAAAUACAAACGCAAGUAUGUAUUCAAAUAUGGGUUCGGUCUAUCAGAGGAAAGGCCAAUAUGUUAAAGCUCGUCGUUAUUACCGACGGGCAUUGGCAAUUGAACAAAUGUAUUCGACAUAUUCACAUUUUAAUUCGACUAGUACAUAUAUCAAUUUAGGGGAGUUAGAAAAUGAAUUAGGCAACUAUACUGAAGCACUAAAUUUGUUCGAACGAGCUUUAAAUAUCUACCAACAAAAUUUACCACCCAAUCACCAUUUACUUGCACAUCCUCUGAAUAACAUGGGUAUGAUAUACAGUGAGAUGAACGAUUUUAGCCGAGCUUGUGAUUUAUGUGAACAAGCACUGCAAAUUCUAAUGACAUCAUUUCAUCGUAAUAAAGAUGAACAUCCAUUAGUGAUUGCAACACUUAAUAAUUUGGCCACAAUACAGUUUGAACAAAAUGACUUCCAAGCUGCUGAGGCCACAUUUCAACGGAUCCUUAAGUUAAAAUUGACUAUUAAUCAGAAUACGUCGACCACCGACCCAUCGUUGGCUAUAACAUACAACAAUUUGGGUAUGGUUCAGUUAAAACAAGGUCAUUUAGAUGAUGCAUUGGCUAAUCAUGAGCGUGCGUUAGCUAUUGAGUUACCGAUUGGCAAUGCGAAAGAUGUUGCCAUUACUUACAAUAACAUAGGUGGCGUUUAUGAUGAACAGGGUGAUUUUAUUAAUGCCGAGCGUUUUUACAAGAAAGCUUACAAAACUGCAACCACUGUUUUGCCGGCUAAACAUCCAAGCAUUCAAAUGUACAUGAAACACUUUAAAAAAGCUAGAGCAAAGAUGGUGCAAAAUGCUAAAAAUGAUCCAUCUGAACCUUGA